GUGGCCAAAAACCCAAAUAUCCUGGAAAGGGGGCCGGGGUCUCAGAAUGCAGGCUGUCCAGCCCACAGAGGGAAAAAGGAAGACGGCCUCUGAGGGCAUGUGGGCUGGUGUUUCCCCAGAGUCUGCCCUGUCCCUGGAGGCUAGGGAGUGUGAGGUCACCCACUUUUCUUCUCUGCCCCUCCAGCUUGCCUGGCCCUCAAGUCCCAUCCUCAUCAUGGCUCCUGGAGAGAAGAUCAAAGCCAAAAUCAAGAAGAAUCUGCCUGUGACGGGGCCCCAGGCACCUACCAUAAAAGAGCUGAUGCGGUGGUACUGCCUCAACACCAACACCCACGGCUGCCGCCGCAUCGUGGUGUCCCGCGGCCGCCUGCGGCGCCUGCUCUGGGUUCUCUUCACGCUGACGGCCGUGGCCCUCAUUUUCUGGCAAUGUGCCCUCCUCAUCUCCUCCUUCUACACCGUCUCCGUCUCCAUCAAGGUCCACUUCCAGAAGCUGGAUUUUCCUGCCGUCACCAUCUGCAACAUCAACCCUUACAAGUACAGUGCAGUGCGGGACCUUCUAGCUGAUUUGGAACAGGAGACUAGAACGGCCUUGAAGAACCUGUACGGCUUUCCAGAGAAUAAGUCUCGAAAACGCCGAGAGGCAGAGUCUUGGACCUCGGCUUGGGAGGGCACACGGCCCAAAUUCCUCAAACUGGUCCCACUGCUGGCUUUCAGCCAGGAUGAGACCAGCAAGGCCAGGGACUUCCUCACAGGGCGGAAGCGGAAAGUCAGUGGGAGCAUCAUUCACAAGGCAUCAGAUGUCAUGCAUGUCCACGAGUCCAAGGAGGUGGUGGGAUUCCAACUGUGUUCAAAUGACACGUCCAAAUGUGCCGUCUACACCUUCAGCUCAGGGGUCAAUGCCAUCCAGGAGUGGUAUAAGCUGCACUACAUGAACAUCAUGGCACAGGUCCCUCUGGAGAAGAAAAUCAACAUGAGCUACUCUGCUGAGGAGCUGCUGGUUACCUGCUUCUUUGAUGGCAUGUCCUGCGAUGCCAGAAACUUCACGCUUUUCCACCAUCCAAUGUAUGGGAAUUGCUACACGUUCAACAACAGAGAAAAUGAGACUAUCCUCAGCACCUCUAUGGGGGGCAGUGAAUACGGGCUGCAGGUGAUCUUGUACAUCAACGAAGAGGAGUACAAUCCCUUCCUGGUGUCCUCCACUGGGGCUAAGGUGAUUGUGCAUCGGCAGGAUGAAUACCCCUUCAUUGAGGACAUAGGAACAGAGAUCGAGACGGCAAUGGCCACCUCCAUAGGCAUGCAUCUGACGGAGUCCUUCAAGCUGAGUGAACCCUACAGCCAGUGCACAGAGGACGGGAGUGACGUGCCGAUCAGUAAUAUCUACAAUGCUGCAUACUCCCUCCAGAUCUGCCUUCACUCAUGCUUCCAGACAAAGAUGGUGGAGAAAUGUGGGUGCGCCCAGUAUAGCCAGCCGCUACCUCCAGCAGCCAACUACUGCAACUACCAGCAGCACCCCAACUGGAUGUAUUGCUACUACCAGCUGCACCAGGCCUUUGUCCGGGAAGAGCUGGGCUGCCAGUCGGUAUGCCGGGAAGCCUGCAGCUUUAAGGAGUGGACACUGACCACCAGUCUGGCACAGUGGCCAUCCGAGGUUUCUGAGAAAUGGUUGCUGCCCGUUCUCACUUGGGACCAAGGCCAGCAAAUAAAGAAAAAACUCAACAAGACGGACUUGGCCAAACUCUUGAUAUUCUACAAAGACCUGAACCAGAGAUCCAUCAUGGAGAGCCCUGCCAACAGUAUCGAGAUGCUUCUGUCCAACUUCGGUGGCCAGUUGGGCCUGUGGAUGAGCUGCUCCGUCGUCUGUGUCAUUGAGAUCAUUGAGGUCUUCUUUAUUGACUCUUUCUCCAUCAUUGCCCGCCGCCAGUGGCAUAAAGCUAAGGAAUGGUGGGCCCGGAGGCACGCUCCCCCUGGCCCUCAGGGCCAGGACAACCUGGGCCUCGAUAUAGACGAUGACCUGCCCACGUUCACCUCCGCGCUGCGCCUGCCUCCAGCCCCAGGCACCGAGGUGCCCGGCACACCGCCUCCCAGAUACAACACACUGCGUUUGGAGAGGGCCUUCUCUGACCAGCUCACAGACACCCAGAUGCCGGCGGAGUCCUGAGGCGGGGAGGGGAAGAGAGAUGUAGCUAGGAGCCCAGCCACAGUCUGAGAACUCAGACCGUGUCUCCUGCACAUGGAGGGGACCCUUGGCACCCCCUCUGGCUAGGCUUUUAGAGACAUUGACUAAAAAUCUGCUUUGAACAACAACAUGGGGCCUGGGUGUGUGCAGGAGACCCCUUGGGCCCUGACCGGCAACCCUCAGCCAUCCAGGUGAGAAAGAUCCGGCAGCCCAAACCCCUCCCACAUCUGCUAUGGAGAGAGAUGGGGGCCGAGGAGAUGGCGUCCGCCCAGACAAAAGCCAGAAGUGAAGGCUGACGGCACUUUCACCAGGUCUUGAAAGAGAAAGACUCCUCCAAAGCCCCAAGCCCAGGGUUUCACCCACUCCCCUGGGCUGGGGCCCAAGGACGUGCCCUUAGGUAUCAAGGCCAGACAACCACUGCCUAGUGCCAAAGACAGGAGGAAGCACCAGCCCUGGAGCUGGUGCUGUUUGUGAAUAAACUGUUCUUAGUUGUUGA